AUGAGCGAAUUGACAGAAGCAUUAUAUCUUGAUAUUCAACUAAAAUCACAUCACUUUCUCUUAGUGGUUAUAUACAGAGCGGACAAUGACAAGGAAUGGAAUAUUAAGGACAAAAUACUAUAUGAAAACUUAAGUACUGCAUCUGCACACAACACCAUGGUCAUAGUUGGGGAUUUUAAUUACAGGGACAUUGUUUGGCCUCUUUCUUAUAAUCAGAGCUUGCAUGACUCAGCUCAGCUCUUUCAAAAAUUCUACUUUGACUCAGCUCUAUGCCAACUUGUCACUGAGCCAACCCGCUAUCAAUCCGGAAAUAUUCCCUCACUACUGGAUUUGGUAAUGACAAAUGAGGAAGAUCUUAUCUCAGGCAUUACCAACUCAGCUCCAAUUGGUAAAAGUGAUCACUGUGUAAUUGAAUUUCAAAUUCAAUACCUCAUCUCAAGCCCUUCAGCGCAAGGAUUAUUUAGACGUGCUUUACAUAAAAUAAACUAUGAGAUUGUUAAUGCAGAGCUCAAAAACAAGCUAUGUAGUCAUGACUGGAGUAAAUCAGUUGAUGAACAGUGGAUGGCCCUGAAGGAUGAAGUGGAAAUUGUUUUAGACCGACAUGCUCCUCUCAAUAUGGUUAAAAAAAAGAAAAAUCUAAAUAAACCCUGGAUAAAUGCUUCCAUUGUCGAAUUGACAAAACAGAAAAAGAUUUUAUGGGACUCAUAUGUGGCAGACAAGAAAUGCGAUACAAAAUAUAAGGCAUACAGAGACUGCAAUAACAGGUGUGUUAGUGAAGCAAGAAGACUUAGAAGUCUUUACGAAGCCAAGAUUGUCGAGAGUGGAAACAAACCCUUCUAUGCCCACCUACGCAGUUGCAUGGCUUCUAAAGUUGGUCUGCCGCCUGUGGUACGUGAUGAACUUGGCAAUCUUGUGGUUGAAGGGUCUAAAAUUGCCGAAGCAUUUGCUUGUGAAUUUGAGAAAACAUACUCAUUGGAACCUGACCUUAAUAAUAUUUCCAUACCUAUACCAAGAGUUAAAAACUCCAUAGAUGACAUCAAGUUCACAUCACAGGAUGUGCUUAUGGUUCUCAAGUCCCUAAAUGUAAACUCUGCUACUGGGCCUGAUAAUGUCCCUGGAGUAUUUCUCCAAUCAUGCGCUGAAACCAUCACACCUGUCUUGGUCAAUAUUUUGAAUGAAUCAUAUGCUUCAGGUGAGAUACCAAAAAACUGGAGACAUGCUAUAGUAACACCUGUUUUUAAAAAGGGUGAUAAAUUAGAUCCAGCUAACUACAGGCCAAUCAGCUUAACUAGUAUUGUUUGGAAAUGUAUGGAGAAGAUUAUAUGUAAAAAAAGUAAAAAAAAUCCUAGCAGAUGA